CUACGUUGCCCAGGCUGGUCUUGAACUCCUGGCCUCAAGCAAUCCUCUCGCCUCAGCCUUUCAAAGUGUGGGACUACAGGCAUCAGCCACUACACCUGAAGUAGAAUUCUUUUUGAUGUAAGAAACCCACUCUUACUAGUUUAGGAUAAAAGGGAGUUUUCAGAGGCCAGGCUCGGUGACUCAGGCCUGUAAUCCCAACACUUUGGGAGGCCGAAGUAGGCGGAUCACCUGAGGUCAGGAGUUUGAGAGCAGCCUGGCCAACACAGUGAAACCCUGUCUGUACUAAAAAUACAAAAAUUAGCUGGGUGUGGUGGCGGGCACCUGUAAUCCCAAUUACUCAGGAGGCUGAGGCAGAAGAAUCACUCGAACCCAGGAGGCAGAGGUUGCAGUGAGUUGAGAUCACAUACUUCACUCUAGUCUGGGCAACAGAGCAAGACUCCAUCUCAAAGAAAAAAAAAUGAGAGUUUUCCGGACUAGGUGUGGCAGUUCACACCUGUAAUCCCAGCACUUUGGGAGGCCGAGGUGGGUGGAUCACUUGUCAGAAGUUUGAGACCAGCCUGGGCAACAUGGUGAAAUCCCGUCUCUACUAAAAUUAUAAAAAUUAGCCAGGCGUGGUGGCAGUGCCUGAAAUCCCAGCUAUCUGGGAGGCAGGAGAAUUGCUUGAACCUGGGAGGCAGAGGGGGAGCCUGCAGUGAGCCAAGAUCGUGCCACUGCACUCCAGCCUGGGCAACACAGCGAGACUCAGUCUCAAAAAAAAAAAGAGAGAGAGAGAGGAGUCUUCUGGAAGGCUACAGAGAUUCCCUAGAGGCAAUAGGGCGAUAGGGCAGGACACACAUUGAGGGGCCCCAGGACUUGGUCAGGAAGGAGCUAGAGCAGGUCCUUUGUCCAUGGGCCACAUGAGCUAUUGGGGCUUGUAUCUCUGCCUCUCUGCUUCAUUUAAAUCUUCCUAGCCAGAUGGAAGGUCUGACCAUUCGGUGCGACAAGGCAGCUAACCCAGGCUGAACAGGAAGUGAGGCAGGCAGAGGGAUCAGGGAAGGGAAAUGGAUGGUGAAGGCCAGGACGGGCGAGGCUUUGCUGCAGUAACACACAACCCCCGAAUCUGCGUGGGCCGCAACCACAACGUUAGUUUGUUGCUUACACUCCCUGUGCUCAUCCGGGGCUGGCAGGAUCCCUGUGCUCCUCCAAGUGGCACAGGAAACUUGGCUGAUAGAGGCGCUCUCUCCAUGCAUCCUCCACCUUCCACUCCCCGGUCCCUUAGACUUCCAUUCAGAAGUGACACCUGUCACCUCCACCCUCAUGUGAUUGGCCAAAGUGAGUGUGGCCAUGUCCGAGUUCCCCAGGAUGGGACCUCGAAUCCUCCUGCAGGGAGGGGGGGGCAGCAGAUGUUUCAGGACAGUCUGCCACGGAUCAGAUGGGUGAGCAAGAGAUUCAGGAUGGGCGUGAUGGGUCACACCUGUAAUCCCAGCAUUUUGGGAGGCCGAGGCAGGCUGAUCACCUGAGGUCAGGAAUUCGAGAUCAGCCUGGCCAACAUAGUGAAACCUCGUCUCUACUAAAAAUACAAAAAUUAGCCGGGCAUGGUGGCACGCACCUGUAAUUCCAGCUACUCGGGAACCUGAGGCACAAGAAUUGCUUAAGCCCAGGAGGCGGAGGUUGCAGUGAGCCGAGAUUGUGCCACUGCACUCCAGCCUGGGCAACAGAGUGAGACCCCAUCUAAAAAAAAAAAUGCUUCAGAGAUUCAGAGAUCCACAGAUGUGGAAGAGAGCUUCUAUUUUGUCUCAUGUACCACCUCACCCCUCAGUUUGGAGUUGGAGAAGCCGAGGCUUAGAGAGGUCAAGGGGCUGGCCAAGCUCCCACAGUGAUAAAGCUAGUGCUAGGGCGACACCUGCCAGGCCCAAUGUGACAAGAUGCAUCCUGAGUCCUGUGUGCCAAGCCUUGGCGGGGCAAAGUUGGGGCCCGGAGGACGGUAAGACACAGCAACUCCGAGUUCCCAGAGACAGAUCCGGGUUCCAGCCCCAGCUCACCAUGCACUGGGCGUGCCACCCAGGGAGUCAGCCCCACUGCAGCCCCCGAUGCGGGCGUCCGGGGAACGCGCCAUCUGCGGCGUGAGCGUCCGCCUCUCACCACCAGGGGGCGCGCUCCGCCUGGGCCCAGAUUCCACCCCUUGACUGUCUCCCCCCAAAAAUUUCCUUUCACUUUCGGUCUCUGGCUGUCACCCGGCUUGGCCCCUUCCACACCCAGCUGGGGCAAGCCUGACCCGGCGACAGGAGGCAUGAGGGGCCCCCGGCCGAAAUGACAUUGCUGGCGCCAGCCUGGAGCCCAACAACCUAUCUCCUCCUGCUGCUGCUGCUGAGCUCGGGACUCAGUGGGACCCAGGACUGCUCCUUCCAACACAGCCCCAUCUCCUCCGACUUCGCUGUCAAAAUCCGUGAGCUGUCUGACUACCUGCUUCAAGAUUACCCGGUCACCGUGGCCUCCAACCUGCAGGACGAGGAGCUCUGCGGUGCCCUCUGGCGGCUGGUCCUGGCACAGCGCUGGAUGGAGCGGCUCAAGACUGUCGCUGGGUCCAAGAUGCAAGGCUUGCUGGAGCGCGUGAACACGGAGAUACACUUUGUCACCAAAUGUGCCUUUCAGCCCCCCCCCAGCUGUCUUCGCUUCGUCCAGACCAACAUCUCCCGCCUCCUGCAGGAGACCUCCGAGCAGCUGGUGGCGCUGAAGCCCUGGAUCACUCGCCAGAACUUCUCCCGGUGCCUGGAGCUGCAGUGUCAGCCCGACUCCUCAACCCUGCCACCCCCAUGGAGUCCCCGGCCCCUGGAGGCCACAGCCCCGACAGCCCCGCAGCCCCCUCUGCUCCUCCUACUGCUGCUGCCCGUGGGCCUCCUGCUGCUGGCCGCUGCCUGGUGCCUGCACUGGCAGAGGACGCGGCGGAGGACACCUCGCCCUGGGGAGCAGGUGCCCCCCGUCCCCAGUCCCCAGGACCUGCUGCUUGUGGAGCACUGACCUGGCCAAGGCCUCAUCCUGGGGAGGAUACUGAGGCACACAGAGGGGAGUCACCAGCCAGAGGAUGCAUAGCCUGGACACAGAGGAAGUUGGCUAGAGGCCGGUCCCUUCCUUGGGCCCCUCUCAUUCCCUCCCCAGGAUGGAGGCAACGCCAGAAUCCAGCACCGGCCCCACUUACCCAACUCUGUACAAAGCCCUUAUCCCCAUGAAAUUGUAUAUAAAUCAUCCUUUUCUACCA